AUGAUUCCUUUUGUGGACAACGUAAAAGAUAAUGUACAGUCAAUGCAAGGCGACAUUACACAUCUCAAAAAGAACCAGCAAGGCAUGAACAGCAGUAGUGAAGAGCUGAAGCGAAAUGUGGACAACGGCUUUUUAGCUACUGCGGCAAAAACUGAUCAAUUACUAAAGGAAGUUAAGGAAAUCAUUGGU